CUUGAGGUCGGUGAGUCUCGGUCGGUUCCCGUGAGUCUCGGUCAGUUACUGUCGUGAAUCAUGGCGGGGAGGCAGCGGGUGGUCCACCUUCUGCAGCAGCUCGAGCACGCGGCAUCCAGUUUCAGUUAUUCAACAUGUGGAGCACGUGAGACCUGGACUCAUGUGGACCUGGAUCCAGUUUCAACUGGAUCUGGAUCUGAACCUCCUGAUCUGGUCCAGAUGAACACCAGGAAGAAGACACCUGAGUCCACCUCAGGUCCAGGUCACCUUGAGACCAGGAGACCAGGUCCACCUGAGUCCACCUCAGGUCCAGGUCACCUUGAGACCAGGAGACCAGGUCCACCUGAGUCCACCUCAGGUCCAGGUCACCUUGAGACCAGGAGACCAGGUCCACCUGAGUCCACCUCAAGUCCAGGUCACCUUGAGACCAGGACACCAGGUCCACCUGAGUCCACCUCAGGUCCAGGUCAAGCUGUUGCAGAUGUCCUGCUCACUCUAACACAUUCCAUCAAGGUGGCGGAGCUGCGUCGUGCACCGUCCGCAAAACGGAAUACGCCUUCGAGAUGGCGAGUUCCAACAUCCGAUACGGAGGCGGAGUCAGUCAGGAGAUCGGCAUGGACCUGCAGAACCUCGGAGCCCGGAACGUCUGUCUGAUGACGGACAAGAACUUGUCCCGCCUCCCUCCGGUGAAGAUCGUCCUGGAGUCGCUGCUGAAGAACGGAGUCAAGUUCAAAGUGUACGACAACGUGCGUGUGGAGCCGACCGACACCAGUUUUAAAGACGCCAUCUCGUUCGCAAAAAAACACUCGUUCGACGUGUUUGUGGCGGUGGGGGGGGGCUCUGUGAUUGACACCUGUAAAGCAGCCAACCUGUACGCCAGCCACCCCGACGCCGACUUCCUGGACUUCGUGAACGCUCCGAUCGGGAAAGGGAAGCCGGUCACCGGGACCCUGAAGCCGCUCAUCGCAGUUCCUACGACGGCGGGCACCGGCAGCGAGACCACCGGAGUCGCCAUCUUUGACUACGAGCCCCUGAAAGCCAAAACCGGUAUCGCCAGCAGAGCAAUCAGACCCACGCUGGGGAUCGUGGACCCGCUGCACACGCUGAGCAUGCCCCCCCGAGUCGCCGCCAACAGCGGCUUCGACGUCCUCUGGUCAGUCUGUCCAACACCUGUCCAGCAUCUGUCUGUGUGUCCAACAUCUGUCCAACAUCUGUCUGUGUGUCCAACACCUGUCCAGCAUCUGUCUGUGUGUCCAACAUCUGUCCAGCAUCUGUCUGUGUGUCCAACACCUGUCCAACACCUGUCCAGCAUCUGUCUGUGUCCAACAUCUGUCUGUGUGUCCAACACCUGUCCAGCAUCUGUCCAACAUCUGUCUGUGUCCAACAUCUGUCCAACAUCUGUCCAACAUCUCUCUGUGAGUCCAACAUCUGUCCAACAUCUGUCUGUGUCCAACAUCUGUCUGUGUGUCCAACACCUGUCCAGCAUCUGUCUGUGUCCAACAUCUGUCCAACAUCUGUCUGUGUGUCCAACACCUGUCCAACAUCUGUCUGUGUGUCCAACACCUGUCCAGCAUCUGUCUGUGUGUCCAACACCUGUCCAACAUCUGUCUGUGUGUCCAACAUCUGUCCAGCAUCUGUCUGUGUGUCCAACAUCUGUCCAACAUCUCUCUCUGUGUGUCCAACAUCUGUCCAGCAUCUGUCUGUGUGUCCAACAUCUGUCUGUGUCCAACAUCUGUCCAGCAUCUGUCUGUGUGUCCAACAUCUGUCCAACAUCUCUCUCUGUGUGUCCAACAUCUGUCCAACAUCUGUCUGUGUGUCCAACAUCUAUCAUCAUCUAAGGUAAUAUUGUGUUGAUGUGUAUUUCAUGAGUAGAAGUUACACACGUGUCAGAUUCUUCGGACCACGUGACUUCGCCGUACGAGUUAAACACAGUUUGAAACCUGCAGCCGUGACCUCUGACCUUUUUAUAACAGAGGAACCUUUCACCCACACUCGAGUAUUAACACAGAGGUCAGAGGUCACAAAUGUAAACUGAAUUAUCACAAUGUUCCACACUCACAAUCCUCCUGUGUUCUUUACCGUCGUUGUUAGGACCCGAGCACGAUUCUUAUUAUUCUCUUUAUUAUUAUAAUAUUAUAAACUAAUUCAACUUCAUAGAAAAUUAAAGUGGUAAAAAUGUAAGUAUCCUGGAGGAAUUUGAAAUGGGCGUGGCCAAAUGGCUCCACAGCGUCUAACCCGUCUAACCCUAACCCUCUAAAUUAUAGUAUUUUAAAAUCAAAUCUAAUAGUUUGUCUGAUGUUCACAUGGAGCAACUUCCUCUGUUCUUAACUCAACUAGAGUCAAACUACACAAAAACUUAUUAACAGAAAGUUAAACGACUCACCUCAGGGUCAUAAGAUAAGAUAAGAUGCAUUUAUUCGUCCCAAACACAGGCACACUCAUGCAGGUAGGGAAAUGUAACCUCUGCUUUUGACCCAUCUGGUGCAGGACACACAGAGCAGUGAGCGACCAUGUAAGGCGCUCGGGGAGCAGAUGUUGGGGGAGUAAGGUGCCUUGCUCAGGGGCACUAGACAGGGUAGGGAGACUCUUGGAUUUUUGGACAGAUCAAUCCAGGUUCGUCUUUUGUUGUUUCUCCGUGGAGUCGAACCAGAGACCUUCUCUGCUCAUAGUCCAAGUUUCUGCCACUAGACCACCGCCUCUCCCUAAUGGGAACAGGAAGUAAGCUUCAUAUGAAAACUUUCAUUCAAUUAACAUUCCAAUUUCACGUUUGCAUUAUUAAUGAGCGAGAUAGAUUAUCUAUAAGAUAAAUAUCUCCGAUCAAAGCACUGCACAAAGUCUCUCAGCUUUUUCAAAACUUCACACACCAUCUUAUUUUGCUAAUUUUAACUUCAUGUUUAGGUAUCUUAUGAUUAUUAGUUUUUAAUAUUUUUUUAUUUAAACUAAUCAUUUCAUUAAAUUUUGUAUUUGAAAAUCUAACUGAAACUGCUGUCAAUCAUUGUCACUGAGUCCUGACUCCGCCCUCAACACCAGCCAGCUGUCCUAUCAGCUUCAGCCUCUGUGGGUGCCAUGGUAACCUUAACCGUAACCUUUUUAUUUCCUUAUUUUUAGAAUUCAGAUUGUUAAUAUUAUUUCAGUUCAAAUUUAAAUGCGUGUACUUUUCUAGGUAACACUUAAUAUUUGGGAACACAUAUUAACUAGGUUAGGGUUCACUCUGAGUGGAGGGUUAGGGUUAGGGUUCACUCUGAGUGGAGGGUUAGGGUUAGGGUUCACUCUGAGUGGAGGGUUAGGGUUAGAGUUCACUCUGAGUGAAGGGUUAGGGUUAGGGUUCACUCUGAGUGAAGGGUUAGGGUUAGAGUUCACUCUGAGUGAAGGGUUAGGGUUCACUCUGAGUGAAGGGUUAGGGUUAGAGUUCACUCUGAGUGAAGGGUUAGGGUUAGGGUUCACUCUGAGUGGAGGGUUAGGGUUAGGGUUCACUCUGAGUGAAGGGUUAGGGUUAGAGUUCACUCUGAGUGAAGGGUUAGGGUUAGGGUUCACUCUGAGUGAAGGGUUAGGGUUAGAGUUCACUCUGAGUGAAGGGUUAGGGUUCACUCUGAGUGAAGGGUUAGGGUUAGGGUUCACUCUGAGUGAAGGGUUAGGGUUAGGGUUAGGGUUCACUCUGAGUGAAGGGUUAGGGUUCACUCUGAGUGAAGGGUUAGGGUUAGGGUUCACUCUGAGUGAAGGGUUAGGGUUAGGGUUAGGGUUCACUCUGAGUGGAGGGUUAGGGUUCACUCUGAGUGAAGGGUUAGGGUUAGGGUUCACUCUGAGUGAAGGGUUAGGGUUAGAGUUCACUCUGAGUGAAGGGUUAGGGUUAGGGUUAGGGUUCACUCUGAGUGAAGGGUUAGGGUUCACUCUGAGUGAAGUCUUUCUGACCCACAACACGUUCCCCAUUCUAGACACAUUCUCCUCUUGUGUUACAUUAUUUUUCUUUGCAUGUUUAACGUCUGUAGACGACACAUGUAAACAUGUUGUUGUCUUUAGUCACGCUCUGGAGUCGUACACUGCCCUGCCCUACCACCAGAGGACCCCCUGCCCCCCCAACCCCAUCAACCGGCCCGCCUACCAAGGCAGCAACCCAAUC